AUGUUCACCGUGGCUAUCCCUCGUGACAUGAGGGAGGCAUGCAUGUGUAAGGGGUUCGAUUCUAGCUUAAUAGGACCGGCCCUCCAGUGGUAUACGAACCUUCCUAAUAAUUCAAUUAGAUCUUUUGCUCAACUAACGGAUGUUUCUGUUCAACAGUAUGCAAGUAGCAGGAAAUUGGAGAAGAUCUCGGAGGACUUGUACGCCAUUGUCCAAAGGAAUGGAGAACCACUUCGAGACUACAUUGGACGUUUCAACAAGGAGAAGGUGUCAAUCACCAACUGUAGCGAGCAAACCGCUGUCACCGCUUUUCGCAAGGGACUAUUGCCCGGCUCGGAUCUUUAUAAAACUCUCACCAAGUAUCCGUGCAAGACCAUGGAGGACGUGUUGAUUCAGGCGUGUGCACAGAUUAAGUGGGAGGAAGACCAAUACAACAUGCAGAGGGCCUUCCCACCUAGUAGACCCGAAAGAGACCACCGGGUGGACAGGAGGUCAGGUCGUGACAGACGUGCUGAACCGUAUCCACCUUAUCGACAAAGCAGAGGAAGGGAUGAGUACGAUAGGGCACCCGACACACGCCCCCGCGAGAAAGCAAAGAUUCCAGAGUAUGCCCUAUCCAUCUCCCCCGCCGAAGCAGUUGAAGCACUAAAGAAUCUGGGCAACAGGGUCAAAUGGCCAGAAAGGAUGAGGGCCCCAGCCGACCAGAGGGACAGGUCCAAGUGGUGUGAGUUCCAUGCAGACCAUGGGCAUCGGACAGAGGAUUGCAUCGCCCUCAGAUUGGAAGUGGCCCACCUACUAAAUCAAGGCCACCUCACCGAUUACCUAACCGAAAAGGGCAAGCUUACCCUACAACAAGGAAGGGAUAGACAAGAGAAACACAGAGAUGACAGCCCACCAGACCCGCCACACCAUGAGAGAACUGUGAACGUGAUAUCCGGAGGCUCCAAAGUCAGCGGAAUCACCGACUCAGCCGCCAAGAGACACGCCAGACAGGCUAGAUCAAGCAAAUCAGGGGCUCCGCCUUCCGGCAAAGCUGGACCAACGGAUCCAACCCUAACAAUUAGCUUUGCAACAUCCGAAUCAGACAAGCUUCUACACCCCCAUCAUGAUGCUUUAGUUAUUUCCAUUUAUAUUGCUAACUGUUUAACAAAGCGUGUGCUAAUAGACAAUGGUAGCUCUGCCAAUAUUUUGUUUUGCAGUGCAUACAGGGAGAUGGGUUUGGACGAGUCUAAACUAAUCAAGAAAGCGGCCGUACUCGUUGGCUUCAGUGGCGAGAGUAUGACUACUGUAGGGGAGAUCGAUCUUCCCGUCUACGUAGAGGGAGUCAACCUUUCCACUAGGUUUCUCGUGGUAGAUGCCCCGUUAGCUUACAACGUCAUCCUAGGUCGUCCAUGGAUCCACGGAAUGGAAGCAGUACCAUCCACCUAUCAUCAAGUCAUAUGA